AUGGGAUGUGGAGGGUCAGCUGUAAAACCCCGGGGAGAGGACGGUGGACUACUGACAGAGACAGACACUGACCCCCCGGAUUUUCCAUACAUACCAAACGGUUACCCACCACCCAAACCGUCCUAUUCAAAAAAGAAAAAUCUUUUUAAGGAAAGAGAAUUUAGAAAGAUAGACCAUAAGGCAUACACGGCCCCGGAUGAAGUAGGAAACAGUUUUGAUGAGCUGCUGAAGUACUUGCUGGAAGGUUUAACCACCGACCUACAACGUGUCCGAGCAAUCUUCUGUUGGAUAGGCUGUAAGAAUCAGAAUCCACCGCCAAAUGGGCCCCCGGACUCCCCCAACUUCAUCCUCCUACAAGUCAGACGCAACAGCAUGUCCUUCUGUUACCUGUUCGCGAGACUGUGCAGGGAGGCCAACAUUCCAUGUGUUAUCAUUGUCGGUGUGGCUAAGGCGGCUGGGUAUGAAGUCGGCGACAGUCAGGAUGUGGUUGCAACACAACACAACAGAUGGAAUGGUGUGUACGUGGACGGGGAAUGGAGAUUGGUUUUCCCACUCUGGGCGUUUUCGGCGAUCAGUGGACAUAGUACCGGCAAAUACACACUUGUGGAAAGAGCUGCAGCAAGGGAAAAGGAAAUCCAGUCAUCAGGUGUCAAUGUCACACAGUUUAACGAAUAUUACUUUUUGCCGGACCCUGACGAGUUUGUCACUCUUGCUAUGGCCAUCGAUCCAAAAUGGCAGUUUAUACAUGACACAUACGACAUUAAAAAAUUUUCAGAUAUAGCACAUGUACGGCCAAAAUAUUUUAAUGGAGAUGUAAAAAUAUUGACGGAUAAUAAAGCGUGUUUACAUUCGAAAAAAGGGGAAAUAAGCAUAGGUUUUAAGGCCAUCAAUCCAAAGUGGUGUGGAGUUUUGUCAUAUUUGCUGUUUUUCAAUGAUCACGAGUCAGUCAACCCUCUGCCUAAAGACCUGCAACUGGAACGCUAUAUCAUGAUGGAGCGUCGCAGUUCUAUGUGGGUAUUCCACGCGCGGUGUCCUUGCGUAGGUGUUUACAAAUUGUCAGUCACGUGCGGCACAGAUGACGGGUCCUUUUUUAGGAUAUGCAAUUUUAAAUUGAUUUGCAACGAAGUAAAGGAACGGAAUCAGCCCCUUCCAUGUCAAGUUGGUACGGCAGGUUGGGGUCCAAGUAAAGAUACGUCGAAAGCAGGACUAAGCUCUCCCUCUCAGAAUAAAGGAACGAUUCAUACUUCUGGUGGACGAAACAUAACAUUUUCUUUCUCAGUCAUAAAAGACAUUUCAGUGAGAACAGAGUUACUUCAAAAUGGAGCCUUAGAGAAUCUACGGUCAAGCGUAUCGCAUGACAUAGAUGUGAACUCGAAGCUGAAUGUUGCUGUAAAGGUGCCUGGAGCAGGGGAGUAUGCCCUUCGCAUACAUACAACGGAUGUGAAGACCACAGAGGAGACAAAUGCGUGUAAUUAUUUGAUUUCAAGCGACCAAGAUUCGCAGAAAAAGAAAAAAGCAGAAAAUAAACUGGAAAAACAAGCAAGAGAAGCAAUGAAGAAAGCAACAGAGGGAAUCGACUACGUCAUACUUACCACAGCCAUCGACGCCUUUACUCAACUCGACCUUGAGGAUAAGGGAGAUCUAACGGCAGCCGUCAAUAGACACAUGCUAUUACAGUUGAGGAGAGAUCUUCGGGAUGCAGUCCUUCGCCGUAAUGUUGGAGUACUGGAGGCAGCCAUUGAAAAAGCCAAAACUUCGGAACAUGAAGAACUGCUGCGACCAAAAAUAGAAGAGGCAGAAGAGUUACUGGCACAUCUGGCCAAGCUCCACAAGUUUGCUCAUGGGGUGUUACAAUUAAAACAACAAACUGUCUCUGAACUCCAUCGUUACAAGAUUCCACCUGUGCCAGUCCAUGAAGUCAUGUUGGCUACUUAUAUUAUGCUGGGAGAACCCAGGGAAAACAUCAAGAACUGGAAGUCAGUACAAGGUGUUCUAGGCUUGUUAGGAAAGAGAGGCUUGAUCAAUCGGGUUCGAGAGUUUGACACGGUUCACUUAAUGGAAGACAUAAUAGAUGAAGUCGAAGGUCUCAUUAAGGACUUCAACGAGGAGAUGGUCUGUCUACGUAGUCCAGCAGCAGCUACAUUCCAUACAUGGUUAACUAACAUUGUCAACGACUAUAGAGGUAAUGAUAAGCCACAAUAG